ACUGGCGCGUUUUUACAAAACAACAACCCCUUGCAGUUGCAAGGUCGUUAAAUUAGUUUUCUGUUUUCUGCCCUGCAAUGGAAACAUAAACAAAGUUGCAGAUUUUGUUUUUCAUCAUUUCGGACACAAUGAACGAAUCCCCGGGAGACAGGGCGGUGAUCGCCGUCCGGAGCAGGCCGUUGUUCGCAGCCGAGAUAGCGCGCCACUGUACUUCGGUCCUACAGUUCCCCGCCGAGGACAGAAAUAUCGUGAUUCUCGGCAAGAAUGGAUUCGAGUUUGACAAGAUCUUGUGCGGGUCGGCGCAGGACGAGGUGUACGAAAUGGUUCGGCCGAUUCUUCGGCAGGUUUGGGCCGGCUACUCGGCCACCGUCAUGGCCUACGGACAGACCGGCGCCGGCAAGACCUACACCAUGGGCACGGGUCGCGGGAAGUUCAGCCUUGAAAGUGAAGGAGUUGUCCCACGAACAGUGCGGGAACUUUUUGAGCUCAACACGGACAACGCUGCUGAGGUUUCUGUCUCCUUCAUGGAGGUUUACAACGAGGGCGUGUACGACUUGCUCUCUGCCUUUCCAACCAGAAAAAUGCAAGCCAGAGCCUUCAGAGACCUGGGGCUGCAGGAAAUCCCAGUUUUCUCUGUGGAGGACGCCCUUAAAAGGUUGGAGGAGGGCAUCGAAGCGCGUAGGGUCAGCGAAACCCUUGGCAACGAAAAGUCCUCCCGCUCUCAUGCCAUCUUCAGCCUCCACCUUCGUCGUUUCAACAGGGAGGAGGAAAGUGAGACAAGGUCGUUGAUUCACUUGGUCGACCUGGCAGGAUCAGAGGCCGUAGGCAAGGCAGGCAACCAGGGCUCACUGAAACAGGAGGGCAUCAGCAUCAACCAGGGCUUGCUUGCCCUGAGUAACUGCAUUAGGGCUGUCAUUCAGAAGAACCAGCAUAUCCCCGUCAGAAACACUGCCCUCACCAAUGUACUCCAAGACACCCUGAAGGGUCAGUGUCUGUUGGCGCUGAUUGCCUGUGUGUCUCCAUCCAGCAAGGACGAACAAGAAACAGCGCAAACACUCAGGUUUGCGCAGGCCUUCCAUAAAAUAAAGUCAAGACCCCAUAUCCAGAAAAUAGUGGCCCAGCAUGCCAAAAACUUAAACAGGAAGCCCUCAAACCUGGUGACGCCCAGUUUCCAACGCAAACCCUUCUCCUCCAUUGGAAACAGCGUCACUUUCCAGCCAAACGUCAGGGUCUCAAAUUACCAGUUUGUCUCACGGAGGACUUUAGGCUCUCCGACUGAAUUUUCAGAAAGCUCAUUUGCCUCGAGCAAGGCAACAAACAUCUCAUCUGCCAGCAUCUUCUCCCAUUUCUCCGAACAAGACUUCAGCGAGCUUGUUUCCAAUGCUCUGGGGGAGAGGAUGGAGAUUUUGAAAAAGGAGACUGAAGCUUUGGUCAACAAGAAGAUAGAGGAUGCCUUGAAAAACAUUGGAGCGCAAGUCCAACCUGCAAAUGCAAACCCUGAAGACAACUCGCUUGUAUCAGAAAAUGAAAUUUCUAUCGCUGACAUUUCCCAUUCAACUGCCAUUUCUGUCAAUAAAGAGGAUUUUGCUGGCUGUUCAACCCCCAAAAAGACUGAAACUUUGCAGACUUCCCCUCAAUGCGACACAAACAAGAGCACUGUUUUUGUAAAUGAUCUCAUCCCCAUCACCCCCUACACCACCACCACCACCAUCCUUCCUUUGGAACCUUGCAGCCCUGCAGUGCAGCCUCCAGUCAAGCUGAGGCGCUCACUCCGACUCAGCUGCAUGGCUGUUCCUGUUUUCCAUCCAGAAGUUGGGGAAGAGGAGCGGCUGGAGAAACGGAAGCUGCGACGCUCCAUUCGCCUGAGCUGCAUGGAUCUUCCCGAAUUCCUUCGAACCAAAGAUGAAGAACCUGAGAGGAAACGCAGGUGCUCUGUUGCCACAAUUCCCGUUUCGGACAUCAAUUCUGAAGCCCACGAGGAACCCUUGAGGAAGGUGAGAAGAUCAGCUAGACUUUCUGUCUUGCCCCAAAAGGGAUUCUGCUGUACCGAGGAGCAGCAGGGCACCUGUCAGGAAGCACCCAAGCCUAGGAAGCAGCGCAAAUCAAUUGGCCCGGAAGUGCUUGAGGAAAUACUUUUUACUGAAAGCCCCUCGGCAGGGUCUGCCCAGGAGAAGCACCUCCGGCGCAUGCUGGGGCUUCUCAACACCGAGAAUACAAAGGUCAUCCAACAGCUGCCCACCGUCGGCCCAAAAACUGGUUACGUCAUCUACAGCUACAGGCAAAUCCACGGCAACUACCAGACUUUUGAUGACCUGAAAAAGGUGCCAGGACUCUCAGCUAAUUUCUUGAAGCGCUUCUUCAAGGCCAACAACAUCAAGGUCUGACAUUUAAAUAAUUAUCUUUUAUACCAAAGUGUACAAAUUUUCCCUCCCGUGAAUGAUAUUCAUUCAACUGUACAUUUUUUGAACCUAAUUUUAUUGCAACUGAUUGUAAAAUAAACAAAGUUCUUGACAUUCCUCGUGAUGUAAAAUAACUUUUAUUAAA